CUUUGCCCUCUGCGCGUCAGCAUGAUCGAUGCUCAAAUGUAUUUUUCUCGGAGAAGGCGCUACCAAGCAACGGCUCUUGAGGUUAUUUUCCCUGCAGCACUAAAGUAGGACACUGCCUGCCCUGAAUCAGUGGGCCAUGCUGUGCGUGUCAUUCAUUGAAAUUCCUUGUGGGAAAUAUAAUAAUCGACGAAGUUAGCGUCGCCUACAUUCCACUGCAACGCAAGUGAGACGACACCUGCCGUUACAAAUGGCUGAGCCUGGCCACCGAUUUCAACAGGGAGAUCAAAUUUCCGAUGUGACUCUGGUAGUGGAGGACAGGGAACUACACCUUCACAGAGCUGUGCUCAUGAUACAUUCCCCGUCCUUCCAGAAAAUGCUCAAAGGAAACCCUUUGCAGAUGAGGGUUCAGCUUUUCGGGAAAAAAUAUUCCACGAUGGUUGCACUUUUAGAGCAAAUAUAUCCUGGAACAGCAAUCGACCUAUUCAAAGACGAAACUUUGGGGGAGCUUCUCCAACUCGCCCACGAGUACGACGUGCAGCAGGUCUUCCACAACUGCAGCCUGUACAUCACUAAACGGAUGGACAGCAAGACAAUUCCAUUCUCCACUGACCACAUCCUGUUCUACCUCACGAUAGUUGAUCCGUUCAGUCGGCUGCAGUCACUAAGACAAGAGUUGGUGGACCGGGCGAGUCGUCUGUCCCUCAGUGAACUUCAAAAAAGCAAGCGGUACUCUACAGUGCCCCUGACAGCUGUAAAAGACAUCCUCCAGAAGCGACUCGAGAGAAUUGAAGCUGACCCCCACAUCACCGAGUAUCUGAGGAAAAAAAGCCCCAAAUGAUUCCCUUUAAAGACGAUGUCACAUCGUUGAAGACUUUAAAGAAGUUCACAGUUCACAGCACACACCUGGAAGAUCUUGACGAAUGUUUGGCAGGAGUUUUAAAUAUGAAAAAGCCCUGUUAAAUAUACAAAAAUUGCGGAACUUUGUGACUGCUUAAGCUAAGCUGGCUCUUAAAGAGAAAUGGCAAACUGGGAUGAAGUAACAGACACUAGUGUCCUGAAUCAAAGUUACAAGCUUUAAACCAGUCGCGUAUUAAAAUGUAUUAAACAGCUGUGCUCUGAUUCUCGUAGGCUACCAUACUCUUCCGUAAAGUAAAACAAACCGACAUUUAUUCAUGAGGAAAUUUUGAGCCGAAACGAUAGAGACCUUCAAUAUGAGGUUCUAGCUCUAGAACUUUAAACAUAUCACUUGUGUCUAUGCGCCUGAUGUCCAAUUCCUGUCGGAGUGGGUGUGAGUCUUCAGUCUAAUGAUCAGAAGCUGGUCAUACAUUGUCUGUAUGUUGUUUUACUGCCCCCCCCCCCAAUCAACCUCUUGCGUUUUUAACGGUCUUGUUUGAUCUGUGCAUGUCCUGCUUUGCAAUGUUCUCACCCCAGCAAACUAUAUAUAGACCAAAAGUCAUGGUGUUGUGAAUAACUAGAGUUGUAGAAUAUUUACAGAAGUUCUCUGUGCACAUUAAAAAACUUCAGAUUUGUGACACAGUACAGACGGGUAUGGACUUCCUUAUGUAAAUUAACCUCAUCAGUAAGCUAACCAUCAGCAGUUAUGCCUAAAUACAUGUAUUUGUAACUGUCUACUCUUCUACUACUUUUCGUCUGAUAAGUAUUUCACACAAAAAAACCCUGUUCGUCAUAUAAUCAUUAUUUUUUUUUUUUCUCAACAUUCAUCUUUGAAUAAUUACAAUCGCACACAC